AUGAAUUUUCACAUCUCCCUCCAUUCUUCCUCUAUUCUUCUUCAAUUCUUCUUCCUCAACAACUCACACAAAUAAAAAAAAAUUCUCAAGAAAAAUGGGCAACUGUCAAGCCAUUGAUAGUGCAACUAUUGUGAUACAACAUCCAAAUGGAAGAGCACACAAGCUUUAUUCUACUGUCUCUGCAAAUGAAAUCAUGAAGAUGAAUCCCGGCCACUACGUCGCCCUCCUCCUCACCACCACCUUGUAUUCCUCCUCCACCGCGGCCGCCGCCACUAGUGUAAAUGACAAGAAUACCCCUCUUCGAAUAACGAGGAUUAAACUUCUAAGGCCAACUGACACUCUUGCUCUUGGUCAUGUCUACAGACUUGUUGCAUCUAAAGAAGUGAUGAAAGGGCUGUUGGCUAAGAAACAAGCUAAGUUGAAAUCAGAGGGUGCUGACAAAAUAGAGAAAUUAAGUCCACAAUUUGAAACUGAGGUGAAGCAUGAAAAACAGAGAUCAAAAAAUAAUACAGCAGUAUCAAGAUCUAGAGGCUGGCAACCAUCAUUAAAAGCAAUUUCUGAAGCUGGAAGCUGAAUUAUUUUUUAUUUUUCCUUUAUUUUCUUUUUUUUGGCCUGUUGUUGGAUUGAAGAUUAAUAGUUCAAAACA